AUGGAAAAUGAUGCAUCCUCAGACUUCAUUGCUGAAGAAACGCUAAUCGAAGAACCGUCAUGGAAAUUUGCUUGGCAUGACAAAUGCGAGUCGCGAUUCAAUACGACUCCUCGCGCAACGAAAACUGGCAGGGUCGAGUGUGAACGACAUACCUGCCGAUUGAUCUGCAACGAUUCCGAUAUGAUUAUUGCUGGACGCGUCAAAGUCACGUGCAAGCUUAUUGGGGACCGUCCAGUUUGGUCCGGGAAACUUGGAACUUGCCGAAUGUGCCAGAAUCCCAAUUUCAAAGUCGCCCGAGCAGAGCGACUUUCGUUCAACUGCCGAAUGUCCUCCAACGGGCUGGAAGAAAUGUGCGAUGUCAAAUGCGUGAAUGGCUUUAUUUUCCAGCGAAAUUCAGAGCUAAUUAGCAAGCCGCUAAUCUGCAAUGGCAGCUCAAAGACAUGGGAUAUAUUUGAUGAAGGAGAAUUCAAAUGCAGAAGAAAACCCUACAGAAGACGAAGACAUACUUAA